AUGAAUCCUAUUACAAACUUCCUUGCUUUUUUCUUGCGUCAAUGGAUCCUCUUUUUCCACCUAGAGGAUUCCAUUUUUUCCCUGACUUCUGUCGUCCCCGCAGCUCCACGUCUGCAAUCGGACUCACAACCCGGUUCGGGAGUGACCCUUGAGGCACAUCCCAGAUCGGACGACAGACUUUUCCCAGACUCUCUUUUCCCAAAUUGGGCCAUCCGUUGUUUCAAAUGGAUGCGACCCAUUUCCCCGAAUUUUAACAUCGCAGCAGAUCCACGCCUGCUAAUCCCGGUCUCUCAAUCAGGAUCGUCGACGGACACACACAACAACCGUGUGUCUCUCGAACAAGAUCCGACCGGAUCCCAAACCCAUCCGACUGUUACCUCUGUCGCGGGAAAUUUGCACAACGAACAACACCUUAAAGUGCAAGUAGACAGACAACAGCCGAAUGAACCUGAUCAUGACGUAGUUAACAGUCUCAAACAACAACUCGUAGCUACGUCAUUGGCUCGCGACAGCUUGCGAAUUAAGAACACUAAAUUGAGAAAAUCUUCCGUCUCGAAACAACAAAAACACGAGAACGAAAUCAAAGACUUGAAAAAUUCCAACGAUGAAUUAAUUUCUAAGUUGAAUGAAUCUCAACACCAUAACGAGAUUUUGGAGCACCAACACGCCCAAAUGGAACGCACACUUCACUUGAAGAUUUCCGAACUGGAGGACAGUUGUUUACGACAAAAAAUACUCGGACAAAAAUUUGUAUCAGCGUCAUUGGCUCGCGACAGCUUGAUGCGUGUGAAAAACAAUCAGUUGAUAAAGUCUCAUGCCCGCAAGCAACAGGAACACCAUCAAAAACUGGAUGAUUUGAACCGUUCGCACCAUGAAUUAGUUGCUGAGUUAAAUCAAUCGAAACUCGAAAACAAACUUUUGGGUCAAAAACAAGCCCAAAUGGAAAUUAACAGCCACGUCAAGAUUUCUGAACUGGAAGAAAACUGUUUACGACUAACGAAGGAGAAGGAAGAUCUCGCUGUGAAAUUGAUACAAGCCGAGUCCGAUGUUAAAUCACUUUCUUCGUCAUUUGAAAACCAGAGGGAAACAGUUUCCAACUUGGAAAACAGGAUUUUGGAUUUACAAUCGAAGAAACCAACUGUGCCGAACGCAUCCUCCCAGGGAACACAGACAGACACAAGUCACAUAACAGUUUUGCCUUAUUCCCUACCGAAAACCUACGAUCGUGCAUUUCUCAUGCAGAGAAAAUCUUUUGGCAAUAAGAAACCCCAAUGUCUUCUUUCUGAGAUUGUCCGUAAAGGCACUAUAGGCAUAAACUCAUCCACAAUAACCGAACCACCACCUCCACCAAAAAGACAGAUAAAGCUGUUUGAUAUGAAACCAUCAGAGCGUGUCGUUGACACAUCAAAUGUGUGGAAGCCAAGAAGAGCGACGCCCGCUGCAGCCACUGUCACAUCAGCAACAGACGUGGUUCUCAAAACGGUGCGCGGGAUUUUAAACAAGAUGACGCCGGCCAGCCACGAGCGAUUCUUGGCAAAGAUCGUAGCUCUGGAAAUUAAUAAUGAAGAAAGUCUCUCUGGAGUUAUUAAACUUUUUUUCGAAAAAGCUCUAGAUGAACCAAUAUAUGCCGCCACGUACGCUCAAAUGUGCCAGGCAUUGGCCACCAAACAAGUCGCAUCUUCAACCGAUCCAACAGAAAUUGUCACUUUUAGAAAGUUGUUGCUUUCUCGCUGCCAGAAAGUGUUCCAAAAGGACAGCGAUUCCCUCGUUGACGUUGAGAAGAAGAGAGAAGAAGUAGAAAAUGCAGACACGAAAGAGAAGAAGAAACUACUUGAGACGGAACUAUAUGAUCUCGUAGAACGGAACCGAAGAAUAACUCUAGGAAAUAUCAAGUUCAUUGGAGAGCUCUACAAGGUGGGAAACAUUUCCGAAAAUGUCAUGCACAGUUGUAUACGUCGUCUUCUCCAAGCACCGGACGAGGAAGCGACUGAGUCCUUGUGUCGCUUAUUGACAACAAUCGGAAAAGGCUUGGAGAACCAGAAAAACAUCGGAAUUAUGAAUUCUUACUUCCAUGCAAUGGAAACAAUCACGAAACAAAACAACAUCUCAAACCGCAUCCGUUUUAUGGUCCAAGACGUUUGCGACUUACGAAAACGCAAUUGGAUACAUCGAAAUGAGCCCUGUAGUCCUAAUACCAACACAGUUGAAAAUAGAAAAUCAAAAAGUGCUGACGAGCCAGUUGCGUCCACUCUCCAAACCACCAAGUUGGCGACAAAAGAAUUUGGCUGUGAAUCAAAGAAACUACCGAGCAAAAUUCUGACUACCGAACAGGGGACCUGUGACGACGUAACCUGUGGAUUUCAGUCCGAUAAGGAAACGACUCGACUUUUAACGAAGCAACAGCAGUUUCGACCCUACAACAUACCGGAUCGUAUUGACCAAACCAAACAGCCUGUUCCAGCCGCAGGGUCUGCCAAACAACAAGUUCAAUUCGCAUCUAUCGAUGCCCGCUACCAGAACAAACCAAUGAAUGGGUACACGGUGACGAGUGGCGACGGUUUAGAUUCGAUUAUCAAGUCCGAGAGUCUUCCGUCAAGUACUCAACUCCGGCGGUCGGCUGCUAGCGAACUAAAGAAUAAACAAACCACCCAGACGAAUUCACCCCCAACGGAGGUCACUAAAAUGACUAAAACAGGUCAAACAGACUCGACCAAAAAUUCUCCAACAGGCCUCGUAAUAGCUGAAAAACAAGUUGAACAGCCAACGAAAAAGCCUUCUUCAAAUGCGUCAUCGCCCGAUUUUGUCAUUUUGUCAUCCGUGACGAAAGAAGUAAACUAUGACGAGAUUGUCGUGACUGGAAUUCAGAAGUCAGACUGCGGGCGAGUCAUCGGACGAGCUGGAUCCAACAUUAAGAGAUUACAAGAGGAGUAUGGAGUGAAGUUAAGUUUUUUCGAGGAUACACUUUACAUUUACGACGGAGAUGCUGAGGGACGCAGGGCCGCCUGUAGCGACGUGAUUGAUAAUCUACCUGUAACGAUCGAAUGUCGGAACUUGGUUCUUACUAAGAAGGUUUACUCAACCACUUACAUUAAACAAUUAAAUUUUCAAAACAGCGUGCGCAUUUCCCGCCCAUCUCCAGAAAACAAAUUCCUUACCAUUUCGGGAACUUUAGAAAAAUGCCGUCAGGUCUACCAAAAACUACUGCAAGCCGGUAACCAAUAG